UGCUUUGAAGAACAAGACCAUCUGAGUGUUUCACAAGAAAUUGCACGACGAAAGGUUGUUUUUUGAUUUGUUUUUGUAAUUUGAAACUGUCAUACCUACUGCUAUUGAAAUGUAAAAUACCAGAAAUAUUUUUUUGUUAAUUCAAAGUGAUUUCUUUGGUCUGUAGAUUAGAAAUGUGUGCUGCUGUCACCUCAUCCAAAAGAGCUCAAUGUUUGGUAUCUUUGUGUCAAUUGAAUAACAACAAUUAUGAUAUUGCUGGAUGGGAGGCCCAUCAUGUCUUUCAAGACCAGUCACCGUCUCGCUGUUCAACAUACUCUCCUAUGUCUCCUUCUUGGGAUGGAGUUUUUGAGGCAGCUGAUAUAAUCGUGAAGUCACCAUUACCCAUUUCUAUAAGAAGAAACCGUGUCAGGCGACGACUGGAUUUCCAUUCAGCUGCUACUGCUAACAAUUUUAUCACCAACGCUACUCGGCUGGCUGUUCCUUACUCCAUUUCUCAGGAGACUUCGACACUUAUUGAAAGCGGCAAUCAAGAGAAGUUGGAGAGACUCUCUAGAGAGAGUGAUGGAAAAGGUGCUGCUAUUUCUGGGCCAAACACUGCUCUGCAGCAAGUUAGUAAUAUCUCAUCUUCUUCACAUGUUUCUUUGGUCCGUGUUUUUUCUGGUGGAGAAGAACCUGAGAGCAAUAACGCUGUUCUGGAAAUUUGUUCUGGUUCAGAAUCCAAGGUGAAAAGAAAAUUUUUGGAAGACAAGCUUAUGGACAAGAAUGUUAAUUUUCAAGAUCAAAAUAUCUUGCAUCAGCCGUAUGAAAAUUUGUUUCCAUCCCAGGUCAAAACUCUUCAAAUGAAAUUUGCUCUGAACUCAGGAAUUGAACAUGUGAACACCGUGGGAAAAGUAAGAAAGGCUCGCAAACCCCUCGCUCCUUGUAAAGCUAAUUGUAUUCGUUGUGAAAAACCGAAACUUAAUGAGAAUGAGAGAGACCAAAUAUCUGAAUCAUUUUGGAGUUUGAAGGAUCAUGGGCAGCAAUGGCUAUUUAUUUCUGAUGCAGUAAGUUUAUGUGCCACUAGAUCUGGUUCAAAGGGCACGAAGAAGAGGCCUGUCUAUAAGAGAGAGCACGGUGAAUUUGGUGAGGAACUCCAUGCUGCGCAUGAAUUAGACCUUUGA